UACGAGCAUAUGUUCAAUCCGUCCCCUAUAAAUAAACACAACCUCUCAUGCUACCCUUUUGAAAUUAAGAACAAGGACCAUACAAAAUAUUUUCUCUCGAACACAAUGAGACUUUCCAUGAUCAUGUGCAAGCAACCAAGCCCUAUGCUUGACAUAACAAAUGGGAGGCACAAGCUGGAAAUUCUUUCUCCUACUCUCCAAAAACAGAAGGUUGUGAUCGUAAUGGGAGCGACCGGGACGGGGAAGUCGCGACUCUCCAUCGACCUUGCUACCCGAUUUCAUGCCGAAAUAGUGAACUCCGAUAAAAUGCAAGUGUACCAAGGACUCGACAUUGUCACUAACAAAAUUACUGAAGAAGAGAGGUGUGGUAUCCCGCACCAUUUGCUAGGUGUAGUGAAUCCCCACUCUGAUUUCACAGCUAUAAAUUUUCGUGACACUGCUUUGAUCACAAUUGAAUCCAUUUUGGAUCGACACCGGCUUCCGAUCAUCAUUGGAGGCUCCAAUUCUUACAUUGAAACUCUAAUUGAUGGUAGAGGCUUCAAUUUUCAAUCAAGGUACGAAUGUUGCUUUCUUUGGAUAGACGUAUCAAUUCCUGUUUUACACAAAUUUGUAUCGGAGAGAGUGGAUCUAAUGAUCGAAAAUGGAAUGGUGGAUGAGGCUAUAGAAUUUUUCAAUCUGUCCGGGGACUAUUCUAAGGGAAUCAGAAGAUCAAUUGGGGUAUCCGAGUUCGAUAAAUACUUUAGAAAUGAAGCAAUAUUGUUGGACAAGAAAAGUCGCGCUAGGCUACUCAACGAGGCAAUACAAGAAACCAAAGAUAAUACUUGUAACUUAGCUUGUCGUCAGGUGGAGAAAAUACGUAAACUUAGAAACAUCAAGGGAUGGAACAUACAUUGGAUUGAUGCCACUCAAGUGUUCCAAAAGCGCGGAAAGGAGGCAGACAAGGCAUGGAAGAUGCUGGUGGCCGAACCGAGCGCCACCAUUGUCCGAAAAUUUCUUUACAACUUGACCGAUGAGAUUCCGGCCAAUCCAUCCACCAUUAGAGACCACAAUUUACAAUGCCUUAUGGCAUGACUGUUGAUUUCUUGUUCCUGACACUGAGACAUACCCAUCACCCAUGUAUCUUGACAUUCUCAAUUCUAAAUAAAUGUCAAAUUUAAUAGCUACAUAGUGGUAGGCGUACAG